AUGAAUAGAAUUUUAGAACUACUAGGAUUAGAUCAUAAACCAAAAACAUUUGGAGGAAAAGUUUUAAAAGGAUUCCAAAUUAUAACGAUACCUUUAUUUUUGUUUGUUUUAGCUGUUAGACCAUUUGCUGAUGAGAGAAACCAAAGACUGAAAGAGAACAAACAAAAACAAGAGGAAAUGAAACUUGCGAAAAGAGGUCAAGAGAUUAUGGAGAACAGAAUCAAAGAAAACCCAGAGUUGCAAAAGGUGUUUGAUGAUCUGAGGGCUGCCUCAUCACAACAAAACAACAAUAACAAUAAUAACAACAAAAAAUGA